GCGGCUCUGCGCACCCCGGCGCGGCGCUCGAACUCGGGGCCAGCGCGGCCACCGCCGCGCACAAAGGACAGCGGACACCGGCACUCCGGGGACUGAGCCCAGGGACCGGCCCGAGGACUGCCAGCCGCGCUGCGGCUCCUCCACUCCUGCCCUCCCUGGGCGGCGGGAGCCCGAGCCGGAGCGGGCCCCGUCAUAUGACAGCGGCGACACAGCAGCCGGCGAGACCGAGUGCUGCCCGCUCCGCUGCGCCACGGCCGCCGGCGCCCGGAGUGGCCAGCGCCGCGCCCCGCUGAGUGGUCGCCGGUCGCCGCCGCCCCGCGUCCCCCGGGCUCGCGGGCUCCGGGGGAGAAGUCGGGGGUAGCUCCCCGCAGCCACCGAGCCUAAAAUGGCCACGCUGCUCCGCAAAAUCGGGCUCAUCCGCCUGCACAACCGGGACACCGAGGACCCCAAGCACCACCACAACCACCGCGGCGGCGGCGGCCAGCAGAGCGCGUCGCUGCGCGGCAAGGGCGGCUCCAAGAGCGGUGGCCACAAGCAGCAGCAGCAGCAGCAGCAGCAGCAGCAGCAGCAGCAGCACCCCGGGGGCGCGGGCGACUCGAGCCCGGGGCCCGGCAAGGGCAAGAGCAAGCGAGCGGCGGAGCUGGCCCCGCGCGACAAGCCGCCGCAGCCGGCGGGGGCGGCGGGGGCGGCGGGCGCCGGGGGCCCCCGGGAGCGGGCGGCGGGCGCCAGGGCGGGGCCGGGCCCCGCGGUGGCGGCGGCGGCGGCCGCCGGCAGCCUGGUGCCCGCGGCGCGCCAGCAGCACUGCACGCAGGUGCGCAGCCGGCGGCUCAUGAAGGAGCUGCAGGACAUCGCGCGCCUCAGCGACCGCUUCAUCUCCGUGGAGCUGGUGGACGAGAGCCUCUUCGACUGGAACGUGAAGCUGCACCAGGUGGACAAGGACUCGGUGCUGUGGCAGGACAUGAAGGAGACCAACACCGAGUUCAUCCUGCUCAACCUCACCUUCCCCGACAACUUCCCCUUCUCGCCGCCCUUCAUGCGGGUGCUCAGCCCGCGCCUGGAGAACGGCUACGUGCUGGACGGCGGCGCCAUCUGCAUGGAGCUGCUCACGCCGCGCGGCUGGUCCAGCGCCUACACCGUGGAGGCCGUCAUGCGCCAGUUCGCCGCCAGCCUGGUCAAGGGCCAGGGACGGAUCUGCAGAAAAGCCGGCAAAUCAAAAAAGUCCUUCAGUCGCAAGGAAGCGGAAGCUACCUUUAAGAGCUUGGUGAAGACUCAUGAAAAGUACGGCUGGGUCACCCCGCCAGUCUCUGAUGGCUGAUGUCUGCCACGCGUCAGAUGCUUGAGCUGCCUGUCCACACACACACCAACGCCCUGACAUCUCCUCCUCAACGCCGUGCAUCCUCCAUCCUUUUUCACUCCAGCCAGAACUGCAUCCUGAAUGCCAAGGAGACGUUUAAGUUAUUUAUGAACAGAUGUGUUUACAGAGAGAAAGAGGGAGCAAACGCUGUUCGGGAUUAUGUUUCGAUUAUAAAUGAAUGAUCACCUCUAAGUCACUUUAGAACAAAUGUUGAGAUGGUGACAUUUCCCAGCCCGCCUGCCCCUCUGCCCGCCCUGGUCACGUUGCCCUUAGCUUCUUUCCGUGACAGCUGCCCCAGCGAGCCGGCAGGGAGCUCCGUGCCCCGCUGGCUCCACCUCCGUGUAAAUGGCGCCGUGCGUGCUUCCUAGGAAGGUCGUGCGCGCGGCCGGUGCACGCCACCACUUGUUUGCUGUGCUCUCUAUUUCUGUUUCUCUUCCUGGCAGGUCCACGUAACUUAAAGACGUGUCUUUCUGUGGCCCAUGGUCUGCUGUGAUGACAUUUAGACCUCAUUCGUGCUAUGACCUUUGGCUCAUGAAAACACAAAGUUAACAUUGCCAGAUUCUGUGAUACAAAACUACAACUGCCCACGUGGUUACAAUGUGCUCUCGAUGCUGAUUUUGUGAUGUGCUGCUGUCCACAGAUAAACCAGUGCCAUGAGACAGAAGGCAGAGGAUGCUGCAGCCGCCCGGGGCAGACAGUGGUACGGACACCCGGUGCACCCCGGGGGCUCAGAGCCGUGAACAGUCUUUUCCGAUGUUAGGAAAUGCUCCUAUGACAGUGCAUUUGUGUUCCUGUCUUCUCUCAGUCACCAAACCCAAGAGACAAUUUCCCAUUCACUGCAGUCAUCUGACUCAUUUUAUUACAUGUGCUAGUGACAGGGAAUGCCAGAACUGCCAAAGGAUACCAAGUGAUCGUACGAUGAUUUGCAUGACCGGGUCUGUUUCUUCACCCAGUAGUCACUUGUGUGUCCCCCGAGGUUGGGAUGCGUGAGCACCCUCGCUGUGAUGUAGACUUCCUGUUAUUUAAUCUCCCCACGGUUUCAUUUGCUCUUCUGUUAAGUUACUUAGAACUUUCUAAGAAACUCCAUGACAUGAGGAAGUACUGUUUAUAAUAAUAUACGGAAAGAGGUAAAAUGUUCAUUCCAAGUGGAAAAUCUUAUUGGACACAUUUUAAAUAAAAUCAUGCAUACCUGA